CUCCCUGCUGCUGCCGCCCGGCGGGGACACAGACACACAGACACACACAGGCACGCACACAAGCCCGGGUGCCUGGAGAGAGCGGGAGCGGCCCAGCAGGAGGAGGAGGAGGAUGCAGGAGAAGAAGCCGAGGGGCUCUGGGGGCGGCGGCGGGAGCCGGAGCGGUGAGCUGCAGGGGGAUGAGGCGCAGAGGAACAAGAAAAAGAAAAAGAAGGUGUCCUGCUUCUCCAACAUCAAGAUCUUCCUGGUGUCCGAGUGCGCCCUGAUGCUUGCCCAGGGCACGGUGGGCGCUUACCUGGUCAGCGUUUUAACCACCCUGGAGCGCAGAUUCAACUUGCAGAGCGCGGACGUGGGCGUGAUAGCCAGCAGCUUUGAGAUUGGGAACUUGGCCCUCAUCCUCUUUGUGAGCUACUUUGGGGCCAGGGGCCACCGGCCGCGUUUGAUUGGCUGCGGGGGGAUCGUCAUGGCCCUGGGCGCCCUCCUCUCCGCCCUCCCGGAGUUCCUCACCCACCAGUACAAGUACGAAUCCGGAGAGAUCCGGUGGGGGGCCGAAGGCCGGGACGUAUGCGCUGUGAACGGGUCUACCAGCGACGAGGGACCAGAUCCAGAUCUAAUCUGCAGGAACAGGACUGCAACCAACAUGAUGUAUUUGCUCCUCAUUGGAGCGCAGGUCCUACUGGGGAUUGGUGCUACCCCUGUACAACCUCUGGGAGUCUCCUACAUCGACGACCACGUGAGAAGGAAAGAUUCUUCUCUCUACAUAGGGAUCCUCUUUACAAUGCUGGUCUUCGGGCCAGCCUGUGGAUUUAUCCUUGGCUCUUUCUGUACCAAAAUCUACGUGGAUGCCGUCUUCAUUGACACAAGUAAACUGGACAUCACUCCGGAUGAUCCCCGGUGGAUCGGUGCCUGGUGGGGCGGCUUCCUGCUCUGCGGUGCCUUACUCUUCUUCUCCUCGCUGCUGAUGUUUGGCUUCCCACAGUCCUUGACCCCGCUCCCAGACCCCACAGCGGAGAGCGAGCAAGCGAUGCUCCCCGAGAGAGACUACGAGAGGCCCAAGCCCAGCAAUGGAGUCCUGAGGCACCCGCUGGAGGCCGACGACAGCGCCACCUGCUUCCAGCAACUCAGAGUGAUCCCCAGAGUGACGAAGCACUUGCUCUCUAACCCUGUGUUCACCUGCAUCAUCCUCGCGGCCUGCAUGGAGAUUGCUGUGGUUGCUGGCUUCGCUGCUUUCCUGGGGAAAUACCUGGAGCAGCAGUUUAACCUCACCACUUCCUCUGCCAAUCAGCUGCUGGGCAUGACUGCUAUUCCAUGUGCGUGUCUGGGGAUCUUCUUGGGAGGCCUCCUCGUGAAGAAGCUCAGUCUUUCUGCUCUAGGAGCCAUUCGAAUGGCCAUGUUAGUUAACUUGGUGUCCACGGCUUGUUACGUCUCUUUCCUGUUCCUGGGCUGUGACACAGGGCCUGUGGCUGGGGUUACUGUUCCCUAUGGAAACAAUUCAACACCUGGUGUAGCCCUGAACCCGUAUUCCCCAUGCAAUAAUAACUGUGAAUGCCAAACCGAUUCCUUCACGCCAGUUUGUGGAGCCGACGGGAUCACCUAUCUGUCUGCCUGCUUUGCUGGCUGCAACAGCACGAAUCUCACCGGCUGCACAUGCCUCACUUCCGUCCCAGCUGAGAAUGCCACGGUCGUUCCCGGAAAAUGCCCCAGCCCGGGAUGCCAAGAGGCCUUUCUCACAUUCCUGUGUGUGAUGUGUGCCUGCAGCAUGAUUGGCGCCAUGGCUCAGACCCCAUCCGUCAUCAUACUCAUCAGGACGGUCAGCCCUGAACUCAAGUCUUAUGCUCUGGGGGUUUUAUUCCUUCUUCUUCGUUUGUUGGGUUUCAUCCCACCACCCCUGAUCUUCGGUGCGGGCAUUGACUCCACGUGCCUCUUCUGGAGCACGUUCUGUGGCGAGCAGGGGGCCUGCGUCCUCUACGACAACGUGGUCUACCGGUACCUGUAUGUCAGCAUUGCCAUCGCCCUCAAGUCCUUCGCGUUCAUCCUCUACACCACGACGUGGCAGUGCCUGAGGAAAAACUAUAAACGAUACAUCAAGAACCACGAAGGAGGACUUAGCCCGAGUGAGUUCUUUGCCUCUACUCUGACCCUAGACAAUCUGGGGAGGGACCCGGUAUCCCAGAGUCAGUCUCAUAGGACAAAAUUUAUCUAUAACCUCGAAGAUCAUGAGUGGUGUGAAAACAUGGAGUCUGUUUUAUAGUGACUUAGGAGGGACAAACUCUAUAUUAGUAAUCAAAGGGUCUUUUUUCUUAUUAAAAAAAGUUAAAAUAUAUUAAAAAAAAAGAAACCACGGUAUCACAAACCCACCCCACAAAAAAAAAACUCACAAAAACCGCACACAAACCGACCUUUGUCCUUUUCUCAAAAUCAGAGCCAGACAGGAUUGACAAUAAUGAACUAUUAAUGGGAUCAUUCGUUUGACAUCCUGUGGGCGCCGUGAAGAAGCCACCGUCCAUCCGGGUUCCACCCCGUGAAGGUACCGUGCAGUCUCCCGGGAAGCAAAACUGCUCAAGCUACAGAUCCUGCCUGGUCCAGGGCAUGAAGCGGCAGGAUGUCCAGCGAGAACAUACCAGGACACGCAGACCAACCAACCAUUAAAAAAAUAAUAAUAAUAAAUCCAACAACUAGAAAAAAUUUUUAGAAUCAACACUAGUACCACCCUAUGUUACCUCCUACCUCAUUGGUGGGAAGGGAGGCAGGGAAGGGUAAGGUCCCUGGUCCCCUCUAAACUUUGCAAUAUGGGUCAAGGUGUAGACUGCUUGCCUGUUCUGCUGGUUGUUGCAAACCCCAUAAUUGUCCAAGCGAUGUCAGUGGGGGGAAAUGGGGACAAAUUAGGAUCUGACCCCCCUCACCCGGCACACCCCUGCGUGCGAUGCCUAGGACUUUGAGGGGAUGGGGGAGGGGCAAAGUGAUCCCCAUGGGGUCACAUCUGGUGGGAUGUUAGUCACCUCCAGGCAGGAGCUGGCUCCCAGAUUUCAGGUUGUGACUGGAACCUCAGGGGCUGUGGCUUGUGGUGCUCAGAGUCGUUCGACCUCAGUUAGUUCCAAACAUUUGCCAAACAUUUUGCCAUUUUAAAAAAAGGGUAUGAUUUCAAACAGUUGUAUGUAUAAUCCUCUAAUACUAUUUUUAAUCUCCUACCCAAAUCUAUGUUAACCCUGGAGUCACUAACCAUAUUCUAUAAGAUAGUUCAUUAUGCUGGCUGCUUUCCUUUCCUGUUUCUUUUUUAAUGCACCAAAAAUAUAAUGCGAUUCAAGGGAUGUGAUUAAUCCAUGGUAAUUUUUAUCUUUUUAUCCUGAUUCCGCUGCGCUACAAAGCCAAUGAGAAAAUACAUGUGAUACAGAAAAAAUGUCAGAUGAGAAUGUGUGUGUGUGUGUGUGUGUGUGUGUGUGUGUGUGGUGUAUAGCUAAAAAAGAGGGGACAAUCUAAUGGAAUAAGUCUCAGACUCAGAUUUGCCUUUCCUCUUGACUCCCCCAUGACUCAGAAAUCUAUCAAUCAAUCAAUCAAUGGUAUAU